GAGGGGCGGGCGCCGCCGAGCGCCGCUCCCCUCAGGGCCUCCGGCCGGGUCCCCGCGCGGGGUGGGAGCGGCGCGGCCCGAGCAGCCGUGUCGGCGAAGGGCGAAGCCGUGGCCGCGGACGGGGCGCUCCGCCCCGGGCCAUGCGCCUCCCCCUCAGCGCGGGGCGGGCGCACGAUGGUCCCCGGCGGGCGCAGCCGCUGCCGCCGCUGCUACUACUACUACUACCGUUGAGGGGGAACCGGAAGUAGCGUUUAAAGACCGCGCCGCGUGUUCUCGCGAGAGCGCGGGGGGGGGGGGGGGUAGGCGGCUCGCCAAGGCGCGCGGGGCGGGGCCGCGGCGUCACCGGUAGCGCCGACGGUCGCUGGGAGCUAGAGGACACGGGCAAGAUGGCGGCGGCGACGGCAUUGCGGCAGCUGGCCCCGCUCGGAGCCCGCCUCACCCGCAUCCCGCCACACGGCCGCGCCGCCGGCCGCCUGCUGCAGCAGCAGCAGCGCAGGGGGCUGCGCCUCUCCGCGCCCGCCGCCAUACAGGUGACGGUGCGGGAUGCGCUGAACCAGGCGCUGGAUGAGGAGCUGGAGAGGGACGAGCGCGUCUUCCUGCUGGGCGAGGAGGUGGCUCAGUACGAUGGCGCCUAUAAGAUCUCGAGGGGCCUCUGGAAGAAGUACGGGGACAAGAGGGUGAUCGACACUCCGAUCUCAGAGAUGGGCUUCGCAGGAAUUGCUGUUGGUGCUGCUAUGGCGGGGUUGAGACCGGUGUGUGAAUUCAUGACGUUCAACUUCUCCAUGCAAGCAAUUGAUCAGGUCAUAAACUCGGCUGCCAAGACCUGUUACAUGUCUGCAGGAUUAAUCGGUGUUCCCAUCGUCUUCCGGGGCCCCAACGGCGCAGCAGCUGGAGUGGCCGCACAGCACUCCCAGUGCUUCGCUGCUUGGUAUGGGCACUGCCCGGGACUGAAAGUUGUUAGUCCUUGGAGCUCAGAAGAUGCCAAAGGUCUGCUGAAAGCAGCCAUCCGGGAUGAUAAUCCAGUUGUGAUGCUGGAAAAUGAGUUGCUGUAUGGUGUUCCUUUUGAACUGUCUGAGCAGGCACAGUCAAAGGACUUUGUUAUUCCAAUUGGAAAAGCUAAAAUAGAAAGGGAAGGAACUCAUAUUACAUUAGUGUCACACUCAAGACUUGUCGGACACUGUUUGGAAGCAGCUUCUGUACUUGCCAAAGAAGGUGUAGAGUGUGAGGUUAUAAACAUGCGUACCAUCCGACCAAUGGAUAUUGAAGCAGUGGAAGCCAGCAUUGUGAAGACAAACCAUCUAAUAACCGUAGAAGGAGGUUGGCCACAAUUUGGAGUAGGAGCUGAAAUCUGUGCCAGGAUCAUGGAAGGACCUGCCUUUAACUACCUGGAUGCUCCAGCUGUGCGUGUUACUGGUACAGAUGUUCCUAUGCCCUAUGCAAAAAUCUUAGAAGAUAGCAGCACACCUCAAGUGAAGGACAUAAUAUUUGCAGUGAAGAAAGUACUGAACAUCUAAGUUGUAAAUACAUGCUUUAAAGUCCUGCUUUACGAAGUGUUUAUGUUGUUGGGCAAGUUGUAUGCAUAACUUCUGUUGUAUAGUUAUAUGAACUUUUGUAUAGUGGGGAAUGUAUUGGUGACCUCCCAGGAUGUUUAUACAGGGUCACCCUCUAAGCCACAUGUCAUAUAAGCAACAAUGUGGUCAUGCUUGUUUGUUCAGCAGUACUCAGAGUGAGGAAGAAAUCCUCCAUUUCUGCUUGGCUUGUAAUUAAUUACCAGACCAGCUGCGUUAACUGGCUGUAGUGGUGGCUGAGGGAAGAACUGCAGUGAGCAAGGGGAGGCCCCAAGGCGAGCCCUGGAAUGCUGUGGCUCCCUAGGAGCCCAGGUCACAAGGCUUAUUAGGGGUGAAGGAUCAAACAGGAGUGAGUGAAGCUUCACUUGGUGGUUCAGCAGUUAAGUUCUGCUGCCUGCACACAGGGGCUUUGGCCCUGCACUCCGAGCACUCUGCUCAUGCAGGAAAGCUUCUGCGCAAGAGCUUUAUUUAAUAAAGAUCCUCUUCAGUAUGUGACAGGAAACACUACACAAUUCUUCUUUACUAGCAGGCACAUACAGUGAUAAAAAUGCUUUGCGUUUCUGUUGUGUUUAAAACUCAUCACAUGGGCUAACAACAGCAUGCUCAAACUGUAGUUCUUACAGUGCAAAAUAAGCUAUUUUACUCAGACUCGCUGAGCUCUGAAGCAGCAGUUGUGUAGAUGGUGUUUGGAGAGCUGGGGAAGUGGCAGAACCCUUUCAGCAGACGGCUGCGCACCGGCGUUCAGUCCAGGGAGGGCUCUGCUGGCCUUUGUUCAGCACCUUCUGGUACAGAGAGAGCUGCCUGUAUCAGCCUGGCUUGCUCCAAACCCUGGCUAGGGUGGCUUUCCAGUGAACUGUUGGAGAGGAGACAUACUUACCUCUGUAAGUAGCAGAACAGCUUGGAUCCUGUUUCCAUGAAGGGCCAGGAAUACCUUUCAGGGUAUUCCCUUUCGCAGAACUGCUGUUAGGUUCUUAGGAAGCCUGGCUUCAGGUGCAAUCCUGGGUGAACAUACCCACCACCACACUGCUGGAGGAAUUCCAUUAACAUUUUAAUAAAAAUGACUGGAUAUCACAGGUUACAUGAAACUUUGUACAGACAUUCUCUGCAUAGUAACAAACACGGAUGUACUUGAAUUUAAAAAAAUGGAUUAUCUAUAAUCCUUUAAAGUGCAAUUUGUUUAAGGUUUUAAAUCAAAAAAAGGUUCUUUCAAUAAAGUUUAAGCUGUAGAAUUAAUUUGGAAGUAACUUUGCAUUUAACUAAAUCAAGAACAAUAUCCCAGUGCCCUAUUAACUCCCCUUUCAACUCAUUUCCUCAUUUAAAAACACUUCUCCUUAGAGUUACAGGUAGGAUGGCCAUUUAAACAAGUUUAAUGAGACAGCGUUUUUACUCCACCAGCAACUAGGGUGGGAAUAAGAUUUAAUUCUCCAGUUCCCUCACCUGUGCAGUACGAUUUAAGGAUUGGGGGGGGUUGGAUUAUCUAAAAACAAAACUUGCUGAUUCAAGGCAGCAAGAAUUAAGAUGAGUUACAAAUGCAUGAAAAGAGCUGAAAAACUGAGCAGGCUAAAACUACAGACCUGUAAUUUGGAAAAAGGAGUGGAACAGAGCUAGGAAAAAAAAGCAUUAAUUCACCAUGAUCAUGGCAAUUCCUAUUUUCAGAUUUUUGUUCAGCUGUAUAGAAGUUGCUGUACCCCUGAAACUGUAGCUAGAGAGUAAUGUUCUUGAAACCAAGUGAAGAAUGGAGAGUACUUAUCGCAGCGUGGCAACGCAAUUCAGCCAGGGCAGGGCUGCUACUCAAGGAAAGCUGAAACAGAGUAAACGGAGCUACAGCGUGACAAUGUGCUGGUGGAUCAGUCACUGGUCAGGAGGGUCUUGUUCCAAGACAGCACAGGAGGGGGAGAGGGAAUUCAAUCCUGGUGUGCCCAGCGGCCUCAGCUGAUCCUGGGAGCGCUGUAGUCACAGGUCUGUGUUUUCUUCAGAGUUCCUUUCUGAAAGUUCUGAAUGGAGCUGAGUAAGGCUCCUCGGCUUGUGCUGACAUCAGGCUGUGGGCUUGGCUGCGUUGGCACCUCUGUACUCGGAGGAGGAGGAGCUGCUGGUGGCAGGGGUGGCGGUGGCGGUGCUGGGGGUAUCGAUGAUGCUCCUGUUGAGUUGAGGAGAGAAGAUGUAGUUUGAUUACGCCCUGGAGGUCCUGCUGCAGAGCACUGCGGCUGCUGAGCUGGACUUGGUCAGUCCUGCUCCAGUCACGUCAUCCCUUAAAUGCCAAUGGAGUGUGAAGAACAGAACAGAUGAAAAAUGUCAAAGUGAUCAAAUCCCUCUAUCUGCAGGUGGGUCGUGCCAUCUGAGACACCUCUGACAGGAAGCCUGAAGUGCCUCAGAACUGGGGGAUGCAAAACAUGACUCAAACACGAGAUCACUCAACAGGACUUCCCAGCUUCAGCUUGUCUUGCUUGCCCCCAGUGAAGCAGUUUGCUCUUUGGGUCAUGAACAGUAACAAAGACUGGAAGUAAAUCUCACUCUGUUCUUA